CUUCCUGCCUGCUGCCUUAACUUCUGUGUUCACAACACUAGCUUCACUCCGCAGAGACAGUCCCACCUGAUGAGCGAGGAGCUAGUCUGCCUGCUGUUGCUCUUCUUUCAGUCCGGGGUCUGGUCAUGACGCAGCAGGAGCAGCUGGAGUUCAUGGAGAGCCUGGAGGCAGCGCUGUCCUGGAUGAGGACCAUCAAGGAGAGGCUGAAGGCCAACGACAACACCCAGGGGCCUCGUGAUGCUCUGGAGGCCCGACUCAGAGAAACAGAGAAAAUCCAUCAUUCCGAGCAUGAAGGUCGAGUGAAGAUGGACAAGGCGCUGGUGGCAGCGGAAAAACUCUUACGGAGCGACGAUGAAGAGCUGAAGAACCAAACCCUCACAAAGCUCAAAAACCUGAAGAUCCUGUGGGAGGAUACCAGCACCUAUAUCAUCCACUGUCACAGUCGGAUCGAGUGGGUGUGGCUGCACUGGAGCGAGUACCUGAAGGCCUACGAGGAGUUCGAGCUGUGGCUGACGAAGCAGCAGCGCGGUCUGGACGUCGGGGUGGAGCUGCAGCUGGGGGUGAAGGAGAAGCUGUGGCAGGUGGACCAGCAGAGAGUGAUGGUCAGCGACAUCCACGGCCAGGCGGCGCUGCUGGAGCGUCUGCUGGACGAGGCUGCGGCGCUGCACAACAGAACCCAGGAUCCAAGCGUGGAGCCGCAGGCCCAGGAGAGGCUGCAGGAGGCCUACAACAACGUCAGAGACAGAGCGGAGGAGCGUCUGACGCUGCUUCAGAAGAUCACUGAGGAGCACCAGACCUACCAAGGCUGCGUUCAGAGGUUCCAGUCGUGGCUGCUGUCAAAGACCAAGGAGCUGAGUGAUCUGAUGGAGAGGGAGGAUUCAGCCGAGAACAAGCUCAAAGCUUUACAAGCUCUGGACGACAGUGUGACGGGUGAGGAGAAGACCCUGCAGCAUAUCGAGGGCCUGGCAGAAGGAGUGAGGGGUAACACGUCUCCCGCGGGGGCCGAGGUGGUUGUCGAGGAGGCCGAGGAGCUGAGGCUGGGCUGGCACAGGCUGAGGAUGGGUAUGUGUAAGGUGGAUGACGGCCUGCGCUCCAGCCUGGACUCUCACAGUCAGUACAUGGCCCGGUGUCAGCGGCUGUCGGAAGACAUCGGCGGCCUCAGGGUGAUGCUGCAGGGGCUGGACCAGGAGCUGGAGGAGGGCCGGGAGGCUGGAGACCGCACGGAUCGCACGGAGGAGCAGAUGGUGGGCCAGUGGACCAAGUACACGGGUGUGAGGAACGCUCUGGCAGGAGAAGAGUCCCAGGUGGAGUUACUCAAAGCUCAGCUGAAGGAGCUCUUCAGGUUCUCAGAGGACUCGCGACACCUUUCUGAUGACGUCCUGGCUGUUGUCAAAGAACAUCAGAGUGUGAAGUGCAGAGCAACGAGGCUGUGCUCAGAGUCAGAGUCCGGGCUCAGAAACGUCCUGCAGGACCCUCUGCUGGUCUACACCCAGUGGAGCCACAUGGUCUCUCAGGUUCUGGAAGCUUCUGCUGACGUGACUGACUUCUCCCACAUCGCCAUGCUGGUGCAGAGCAUCGAGCGUCUGCUGAAGGAUAGCGUCCAGCUGCAGGGUCGCUUCGGACAGCUGCAGGUGAAGGGGGAUCUGCUGGACUCGGUGUUCGGUCCUGAGAGGUCUGAUGGUCUGCAGGACGAUCUGACGUCUGCAGUGAGGAACAGAGAGCUGCUGCACAACCAGCUGCAGCAGAGGAAGAGCAGACUACAGGGCCUGAUCUCCAGAACCAAGGACUUUGGAGAUGCCUACGAGUUAAUUCGCUCCAAGCUGACGGCUCUGAGGGAUCGAGUGAUGGCAGCAGAAGGACUCCAGCCUGACAUCCUGGCUAAGAAAUCCCAGUCAGACCAGUUCAGGGUGAUCCUUAAGGACCUGGAGGACUGUGAAGCCCACAUCACGGCUCUGGAGACUCUGGUCUCAUCCAGUCAGAACAACAGGACUCAGUUUGAGAGACUCUGUGCCGACUGGAAACAUCUGCACCAGGCCGUCAGGGUGAAGGUUCAUGAGAGCGAGGAGAGCAUCGCAGACCACGAGAGCUUCCACGACAGCCUGCUGAACAUCGAGAAGUGGCUGAUGAUCAUGAAGCAGAAACUGGAGUCCUUCCACAGUCCAACAGGAGGCUGGAGCAUCGAGGGACGCCAGCACGAGGCCCAGAGAGCGCUGGGAGAGUUUCCAGAGAAGGAGUUCCAGCUGCAGCAGAUGGAGGUCCAGGGUCAAGGCGUCUUAAAGAGGACUUCAGAGGAGGGGCAGGUCCACAUCAUACGAGACAUGAAGCGCCUGCGAGAGUCCUGGUUGGCCCUCUACAACAUGAGUCUCAACCUCCACAGGCUGAUGAACGGCUCAACGGAGCAAACAGAGGCUGACUCAUGGAGGGUCGGAGGCACAUCCCUAAAAACAGAGCUGAGUCUGGGGGAGGGGGACAGGCCGGUCAGAAUCCAACUUAAAGACAGUCCAGCAGAGAUGUACGGAGUCCUGGGCAGCUCUGGGCCUGGAGGAGGAGGAGGAGGAAGGCUGGAGGGAGGAGAAGGAGAGGGCAGCCUGAUGGAGCAGGUAGGGUGGAUUCAAGGUCAGGGUGAAGCUGGUCUCCUUCUCACAGGACAGCAGGAGCACCUCGGCUCUCAAAGGACAGAUAUGGACGGCAGACGCUCCCUAACAGGAGACGAAGUUGAUUCUUCGAGGUGGAGUCUUCGCAGCAGAGCAGCUCAAGAAGUUUCAGCUGCUGAUGGAAGCCCUGACAGCGACAGACCAGCAGGGGGUGACAGCAGCGUCUUGGCUGGAGUCAGAGGAGGAGGAUCGUUCUCCGCAUUGGGAGGAGGAAGGAGCUCGGGAGGAACUAGCUCCAGAGGUACGAGCUCCGGAGGCGACAUUGGCGUGGUGGCAGGAGAGGGGAUGAGUCCAGGAGGAGGAGGAGGAGGAGGAGCUUUCAUGCUGUUCAGGAGGGACCAAGCCAAGAAGUCAUCAACCCCAUCAACACAGCAAACAAUGACGGCUGAUGGACGGAGCAGCACCAGGAGGAGAGACUUCGAGGCCUGGCUGUCCGGAGAGAGUGAACUCCUCUCGGGGGUCCUCAGCACGAAGGCAGCAACGCUCAGCGCCAAAGAACUCAAGAGCAGACAGGACACGCUCAAGGCUCUGAGGGCAGGAGUGCUCUGGGGUCAAGAGGAGUUCCAUCAGUUGCUCCAGGAGGGUCCGGCAGGCGAGGCUGGACCGGGACCUGCAGAGGACGGAAGUCUGGAGGAUCUGCGUUACCGCUGGAUGCUCCACAAGUCCAAACUGAAGGACAUGGGAGACAUCAGGACCAGGACUGGAGCUAAGAGACUCCAAGCCAAACAGGAGAAGCCGGCUGUAGCUGCAAAGGUGCAAAAGAAACCCAGUUUGUGUCAUCGGGUCUGUCGUGUGGCGCUCCCUCUGUGGCUCCUCCUCCUCGCUCUGCUCCUCCUCGCCUUCCUGCUGCCCCUCAUGGACGAAGGAAGCAGCUGCUCGCUCUCCAACAACUUCGCCAGAUCCUUCAACGUCAUGCUGCGGUACGACGGACCCCCGCCCACAUAGGAGACCCACCUCUGCACGGAGUCACAUCUGACCUCCCCACAGUAAGACUCCAGCAGACCACAAACAGGAUCCACUUCACCUCGAGAGCUUCAACCCCCCCAAUGACUACAUUUACAGCUUUUAAAUAUCUUCUCUGUUCUGUUGCAACACAAUCUAUGAAGGAACCAUGACCUCAAGUAGCACGCACGUCUGCAAACCACAGAUCCAUCACUCCCUUAAACCUCCAUAAACCUUUAUUCUUCAUUUUAAAAUCCUUUUAACAGACUUGUCUGUCAUCCUACACUUUAACAGUUUUAAUCAAACUGUAGGAGCUUUAACAUCUGUUCAACCAAAGUCGUCAUUCAUUGCAAUGUCUCCACUUUUAACACUGUAACUCCAAUUUAACAAGAACCUGCUCCGGCUCUUAAAACACAUCAUACUGUAUGAUAUAUUCUAGUUAAUGCACAUCAGAUUAACCCUGUUGAAUCCUGUCCUCCUUAAACAUCAGCUCAGUUUGUGAUGACACAAGAAGAGGCAGUGAUAUGUGGAACUUUGUUCUUGAUACGUCUUCCUCCCUGAUGAUCAUUGAUGCAGGUCCAGGCCCGGCCGUUCAAAAAGGUUUAAUCCGGUUAAAAUCAUCUGGAUUAGGAAAUCUAAUCUUUCCCUACCAGGAUCUGAUAAUCCAGUUUGCAUUAAGCUGAUCCAGAUCCAGACUAAACGUUACCAAAUCUGGAUUAGCAGUGUUCUUAAUGGGACUACGUAUUACCUCCUUACUCCACAGGGGGCGCCAAAACCCACACAACCUGAAAGAUCAAUGCCGUCGAUGUUCGGAGAAAUGUUUUAUAUUUAAUUUUAUUCCUCACAGCUCAAAGUGAACAUCGUCCUCAGCGUCACUGAGCAGAUUGAAGAACAGAGGGUAAAGUACCUGUUGUUUUGUUCGACCUGAGAUUCAGCCUGAUCCAGAUCUCAGCCUGUUUUCAUGAUCUGGUCGGAUAGUUUAAUCCGGUCAGAUUACUUUAGAGCGGCGGCGCCCAGACGUUUGUCUAAUGAAGUCUGUUCCCUGCAGUCAGAAACAUUACCUCAUAAACACGACACGCAGUGCUCUGAUGAAUCACUGAAGGAUUCAGCACGUUUGUUUUUUUUUGCAGAAUGUUCUUUGAAGAAUGAAAUCCUCCAGAGUCCGUCUGUAGAAGGUGUGAGGGUUCUCUGAGCAGUUUAACCUUCCUGCAUGUUAACUUAAGAUUGUUGCACCUUUAUUUUUCCCCUGAUUCUAUCACAGUUAAUCCGGUAAUAUUGCUGCAGGACUCAGGUGUGCAUGACUUCAGCGCUCUCAUGCAUCACUCGUCCUUUGUUCUGUUUUACUGUAACAGCGUCUCAUGAGAGCUGUCGGAGACUUUUUUAUCUCUGAGGUGCUGUGUUGGCUCGACCACGGCGAUCUGUCUUUUGCUCAGUCUGAACCUCGUGUGAGUGCAAUUGGCACGCCGUCUUACACCCCCCCCCGACAUGUUCUUGGACCACCGUGUGCGUUCGGUGCCAAAGCCCGAGCUGUAAACGUUGGCAGUCGCCUUCUUUGUGCAAACCUAAAAUAGCUUGUGAUUGCUCUUUUCUCCUGCAUUCUCUCUUUUCACACCACUCCUAAAAAUACUCCCAAACACCUCCACACCUUCUCGUACACACAUAUCUUCCCUUUUUAGGCCGGGGUGUUCUGAGGAUUGACCGGUCACUCUCACCAGGGAAACCAAAUCAUGAUAAUCUAUUACAUGUGAAGGUCUGUUUCUGCACACUUCACAUGUUCUUCACUUCUUUUAUAACUCCAUGUUAGACUGAGCUCAGACUGACUGAGCUCAGGAGGAGACAUCAGAGGAAACAUUUCAGCUUCACUGAAUCAUCUCAGCGCCAAAACAACUAUUUAAAUCAGGCUGGGGUAUUUUAAAGACAAAAUCAGUUAUAGCUGUGUUCGUGUUUCAGCUUACUGAGCUUCAUGCGAUCCUCCUACAGGGUGUAUAACAAACAUGUAGUUUGAUUCUGUGAGCGACAGUGUUUAAAAAUGUAGUUACAACCAAAUCACAAACACAAAGUCGACUCAGAUAUCUUCAGCUGCAGCCGGACAGCCUCUUUAGCUGCGUCCUUGAAAUGUUUGGAGUCCCUUUCAGAACUCCAGACAUUUUCAGGAGUGACGAUGAUGAAGAAAAUCAUGUUUGCAGUGUUCUUGAAAACACAGAUCAGCAAACUUAAAGAUUAUUCUAUUCUGUGUUUGCAGAGUUAAACUGCCUAACAGACACUUCUCUGAGCAGAGGGUGGACACAGCUUUGUGCAGUGAAGCCAUAAUCUGUGCGGACCCAUUCAGUCCGAAUCACAGCAGAACUAAACCUUCCUUUAUGUUAUCAGCUGGUCCCGUUAGUGCCAAGUCAUUCUUCUCACAUUGUUACCGCAGAGACUUUGUUUUCUGAAUUUGCUGAUUUGUUGGCAGAAGUCUGUAAAAACUUCAAACCUUGUUAUCUCUGCUCAACAUGACCCUGAAACCAAAAGUAAAGGUUCAAAGAUACAAAGUGAAUUUGCACUGAUGUGUGAGAACAAUCAUGCUUUAUUUUGAUGUGUAUAUAUAAAACAUGUAGAAGCUGUUAUGGCCUUAAAGCUCAUCAUAAUCAUCCAUUUAAUCAUCUUUACUCAGUGCCAUUCUCACAUGUAUUUAUUCAGCCUGCAGCUUUAUAAAGCUUUACAGACACUUACCGUCUAACAGUAUAUGUAACCAUUAUAUAACCACUUUAAAAGUAUGGAUAAGUAAUGUGUGUGUGUGUGUGUUUUUAUACUGCAUCAAUAAUCAGGCUGCUCGCCGCGCCGCCCGUCUGCUCUGCACGUGUCCCUUUUAGAGACGCCUAUGCAACGCCUGGCUCUGUUAUUAUAUGUCCAAUGAAACUUUAUGCAACAUGUGAAAUGACUUGAAUCUCAGAGCACAGCUGCUCCUGCAGAUACAGAAUGUGUAGCAAAGACAACGAAGAACAGCUGUCAGAUAGUUUGAGCACACUCGUUAUGCAAAAAAAGUCCAAAGUGCUCUCAGAGCGAGGUACUUACUGUUAUUACACAGAGCACGGGUAAUGAUACACACGUGAGAGCUUUUUGUAAGAGGAUGAGAUUUUAUUUUAUUGUUUGAAACAGAGUAGAAGUGCUUCAUAUUAUUCAACAGAGCUUGUAUUUAACCAAUGUUUUUGUAUCCUGAUGAAAUAAACAUUAAAUUUAUAUUUUCUGUGCUUGAA